CCUUAUCCGACGAAACACAAGCGGCAACCGUCGGAAAUUUGAGCUUUCCUGCUACAUGCUUGUCGCCUUUUCCCCCUUUUUCCUUGUCGUUUUGCGGCUAUAGAGGAAAGUCAUGGAUGACCAAAGCUGUCCGAGAUGCAAGACAACAAAAUACAGAAACCCCUCGCUCAAGCUCAUGGUGAACGUGUGUGGACACACAUUAUGCGAGAGCUGCGUGGAGAUGCUGUUUGUCCGUGGCUCCAGCAAUUGCGUGCAGUGCGACACACCCCUGAGGAAGAGCAACUUCCGUGUGCAGCUCUUUGAGGACCCCACCGUCGACAAGGAGGUGGAGAUCCGCAAGAAGGUGCUGAAGAUUUACAACAAAAGGGAUUGUGAUUUUCCGAGCCUGAGAGAAUAUAACGACUACUUGGAGCAAGUGGAGGACGUCGUGUUUAACCUUACCAACAAUGUUGAUGUGGAGGACACGAAAUUGAGGAUGGAGCAGUACCAGCGGGAGAACAGAGAGAUAAUCCAGAAGAAUAAAGCCAAGCUUACUCGAGAGCAGGAGGAAUUGGAGGAGCUACUUCUGCUGGAGCAGCAGGGCAAUGAGAAGCGAAGACUAGAUGUGCUACAGGAGGAACAAAGGCAGCUCCUGGCCAAAAAGAAGAACAAGCAGGCUCUGCUGGAUGAACUGGAAAAGUCUCAGCUCCCUGCCUCCCUCUUGCUCGCCCAACACAAAGCCCGUGUUUCACAGCUGGAAACUGAGAUCGAACAGCAGAGACACAUGGUCAAAACCACCAAUCACUUUUCAACAGGAAUUCAGAUGCGUCAGACGGUAUCUCUACAAGCUGUACCCAAGUUAGAAGAAGCCCUUUACCACUACAGGCCACUUCAGAUUGAAACCUUUGGACCACCGGUGCCAGAACUGGAGCAGCUGGGAAGACUCGGAUACUUGAACCACGUGCGGGCCUCCAUGCCUCAGGACACAGCUGGAGGAUACAGCUCGGCUUUGGCGUGUCAUCGAGCCAUCCAAGAUGCGUUCAGUGGCCUCUUUCCCCAGAUUGGCUGAACCCAAACCCGGAGACACA